AACCCCGCCCCGCCACCGCUCCACCACUCGCGCACCCAUCAGCACCAACCACUCCUCCUCCCGAUUGAGCCCCUCACCGCCACUAGCACACAUCCAUCGCUAGCUAAGCUUGCCAGCCAGCCACUGUGUCCCCGCUUACCACCGCCACACACACACACACGUCCACUUGCUUCUCCUCCGACUCCGAUGGCGGGGACGGGGGUGUUCGCGGAAGUCCUGGACGGGGAGGUCUACAAGUACUACGCCGACGGGGAGUGGCGCGCCUCCGCCUCCGGCAAGACCGUCGCCAUCGUCAACCCCACCACCCGCCAAACGCAGUACAGGGUGCAAGCAUGUACGCAGGAAGAGGUGAACAAGGUGAUGGAGGCGGCCAAGGUGGCGCAGAAGGCGUGGGCGCGGACUCCGCUCUGGAAGCGUGCGGAGCUUCUCCACAAGGCUGCCGCCAUCCUCAAGGAGCACAAGACCCCGAUCGCCGAGUGCCUAGUCAAGGAGAUCGCCAAGCCGGCCAAGGAUGCUGUUUCUGAGGUGGUGCGGUCUGGAGAUUUGGUGUCAUACACAGCCGAGGAGGGUGUCCGGAUACUGGGGGAGGGCAAGCUCCUUGUUUCUGAUAGCUUCCCUGGCAAUGAGCGGAACAAGUACUGUUUGAGCUCCAAGGUACCCCUUGGAGUAGUUUUGGCAAUCCCACCAUUUAACUAUCCUGUCAACUUAGCGGUUUCUAAGAUUGGCCCAGCACUAAUUGCUGGAAAUGCUCUCGUGCUCAAGCCUCCAACCCAGGGUGCGGUGGCAGCCCUUCAUAUGGUGCACUGCUUUCACCUGGCCGGUUUCCCAAAAGGCCUGAUUGGUUGUGUCACUGGGAAAGGUUCUGAAAUAGGCGAUUUUCUUACAAUGCAUCCUGGAGUCAACUGCAUAAGUUUUACGGGAGGUGAUACUGGUAUAGCCAUUUCAAAGAAGGCUGGGAUGGUACCACUUCAGAUGGAGCUUGGAGGAAAAGAUGCUUGCAUUGUGCUAGAGGAUGCAGACCUCGAUCUGGUUGCAGCCAACAUAGUAAAAGGAGGUUUCUCAUACAGUGGCCAGAGGUGCACUGCUGUCAAAGUGGUGCUGAUCAUGGAAGCGGUGGCCGAUGCCGUGGUAGAAAAGGUCAAUGCCAAGCUAGGAAAGCUGACAGUUGGCACACCUGAGGAUAACUCUGAUAUCACCCCAGUUGUAACAGAAUCCUCAGCCAAUUUCAUCGAAGGCUUGGUAAUAGAUGCAAAGGAGAAAGGGGCAACUUUUUGCCAAGAGUACAGGAGAGAAGGCAACCUUAUCUGGCCGUUGCUGUUGGAUCAUGUCCGGCCUGACAUGAGGAUUGCUUGGGAGGAGCCUUUCGGCCCAGUCUUGCCCGUGAUCAGGAUCAACUCGGUUGAGGAAGGCAUCCACCAUUGUAACGCCAGCAACUUUGGCCUCCAGGGAUGUGUGUUCACAAGAGACAUCAACAAGGCAAUCAUGAUCAGUGAUGCAAUGGAGAGUGGAACUGUGCAGAUCAACUCUGCCCCGGCUCGAGGACCUGACCAUUUUCCCUUCCAGGGUCUAAAGGACAGUGGAAUAGGAUCCCAGGGGAUAACUAACAGCAUAAAUAUGAUGACCAAGGUGAAGAGCACCGUCAUAAACCUGCCAUCUCCAUCCUACACCAUGGGCUGAGGGUUCAUGUACAGGAAUCAGAUGUUCUGUAACCACACGACUACGAUGUAGAGAAUUCAAAUGUCCUGUAACCACGUGAGAUCUGGCGACCUGUAUUUUUUUAUGAUUCAGCACGUACCUUGGAAGUUCCACAGUAAAUAAUAAAUCACAAUGAGAGCAAUCACAAAUCUCGUUUGCCUCUA